AUGUCUGGGAGGAAGCAAGUUAUUAUUCGCUUUACCCCCGAGGGAUUCGAACAGCACGAUGAAGUGGUCCUCAAUAUUAUUAAGGAGGACACCGACACUGAUCAGUUCUUCUCGAAACCAAGCUUCCCACCUAUUUAUCAUCCCCCACCGCUGACUCAGGAGGCUAUCACUAAGUUAAAAGCCCUCGAUGGAGUUGAUGUGAUCAUUGCUCAGGGUGAAGACUAG